GACGUCACUACGGCCGUCCUUUAAAGCCGCGCUGAUUGGUGCAUUAGAUGUGCGGAAAAUUUGAGUUCUACAAUCGCCAAAGAAAACAAGAGAGAAUUGGGGAGCAGCGGAAUCGGAAACAUGAGGAGGAGCUCAGUCACCAACAGGCAGUCGCUUCUGCCCCUACGGGUACAAGAUGCCAACCGCAUGGGUCUCACCACUCCACAGAGCAAAGACAGACAGGGCUUCGGGAAGCUGAGCAUGAGCAAGCCCCACUCCGGCACAUCUGAGAGGAAGACCAGCUUCUUUGGGAAGAGAGCGAGUAAUGGUACAACCCGGACAAGUCAAUACGGAGCCUUCGGGGGUGCUGAGAAAAUCAAGGACCCCAGGCCUCUCCAUGACAAGGCAUUUAUACAGCAGUGUAUACGGCAGCUCUGUGAGUUCCUGAAUGCGAAUGGCUACUCCCAGGCUCUCCCAGUCAAGUCCCUGCAGGGCCCCUCCACCAAGGACUUCCUCAAGAUCUUUGCCUUCAUCUACUCAUUUAUAUGCCCCAAUUAUGAGAACCCGGAGUCCAAGUUUGAAGAGGAGAUUCCCAGGAUUUUUAAGGAACUCGGGUACCCCUUUGUUUUGUCGAAAAGCUCCAUGUACACAGUUGGCGCACCCCACACGUGGCCGCAGAUUGUUUCAGCUCUUGUCUGGUUAAUAGACUGUGUCAAGCUGUUCAGUGUGUUGAGGAGUGAGAAUCCAGUGUUUGAUGAGCCUCAGACGGGGGAACAAAGCGAGAAUGGAAUUGACUUCAACCAGCUGUUCCUUGACUACACCGCGCGUUGCUAUGAUCAGUUCAUGGAAGGAUGCGACACAUUUGAAGAGUAUGACACAGACGUGUGCACCAAGCUCAAGGAAGCGUAUCACGUGGAUGAAUCCAACCUGGAAGCCCUGCAACAGGAAUCCAGGAGACUGAUGGAAGAAGUUGAGAGAUUGGAAAAGGAAAAAGAGAAUGAGCCUGACCGUCUGGCCUCCAUGAGAAAGCUAAAGGCUUCCUUGCAAGGCGAUAUCCAGAAAUAUCAGAACUACCUGACUGAGAUCGAAUCCCAUUCCACCCUGUGGGACCAGCGAGUGAGUAGUGUUAGCGAGGAGUUGGAAGCGUCAGAACUUGAGAGCAGAGCCAUGCAACAGGAGAACCUGCGCCUGAAGAACAUCUUGGACAACCAGAAGUACUCGGUGGCUGAUAUAGAGAGGAUAAAAUACGAGGAAAAUGAACUGCAGCAAACGAUUACCAAACUGACCAAGGACCUGGAUGAGGACAAACAGCAGCUGUGGAGCGAGGAACUGAAAUACGCCAAGACGAAAGAGUCGGUGGAAACACAACUGUCAGAAUUUCACAAGAUUGGCAGGAAAGUGCGAUUGAUCCCUCCUACAGCUGAGAAUGCCAAUGGCUACGACUUUCAGAUCCAGUGCAACCUGGACGGUGAUCAGAGCAGCUUAAUGCACUACCGGAACAAGAUCAAUGUGCCGCUUGUGGAAACCCUGUCGCAGUGGGAGGGCCAAAUUGCCAGCGCAACCAAUAAGAAGAUGGGGGUUGAGGACAUGGUAGAGCAGCUGAACACCCUGGUCAGUGAGAAAAAGAAUGAAGUGAAGGUUUAUAAAGAUGAAGCUCAGAAGUUGGAGGAGCUUUAUCAGCAGAAAGUGGAGGAAUCCGAGAUGGAUGAGAAAAGAUGGAUCUCUGAGAUUGAGUCGCUGGAGAAACACAGGCAGCUGCUUGAGUCUGGAGUCAACAAAAGCCUGGAUGAAGCCACGAAGGACCUUCAGAAAGAGCAGCAGGAUCUGCAGUUGGUAGAACAUCAGACUGAAGAAGAGACGAGACAAGUCGAGAACAAGCUGGCCCGCGUGGUGCAUUCUGUGGCCAACCACAUUGCAGUGAUAGAGAAACACCUGGAGGAGAAGCAUCUGAAGGUGGAGCGGGAGUACGAGGAGUUCAUGAAGGAGGAUCUGCUGCUGGAUCUGCAGGAGCUGCUGGAGAAAUACAAGGAGAAGGCCAAAUUGCUGGACUCCUUACAAGAGUGACGCUCCCCCAAUAAUGAUGUGCAGGAUUAUAUGGGUCACAUAUUCUAGUAUUGGCAUCAUUAUAUGGCACGGGUGUGUCCUGUGUGUUCUCUAUGUAUAUUUGUAUCUAGAACAAGUUAUGUCUGUAGUGUUUCCUUCUGCAGAACUCCUCCCUCACAUUUGUUCUAUUUUUGUACAUGUUUUUCAGUUGUUUUGAUAAUAUAAAUAAAAAUUCUCUAACCCUGGAGAUAACAAAAAUUUAGUGAGAUAUGUAAAAAUAAAAGUGAAAUAAAAUAUAUUUUUUUUUAAACUGGA